AUGCACCAAUUCACAGCUUUCACCUACAAAAGUGUGUCUGUUCCUACUAUCAACGAAGAAACAUGGCAAGUUUUUGUGCCGAGGCAAGCACUCAAAUACGAUUUCUUGAUGCAUGCCAUACUCGGGCUCGCCGCGUUGCAUCUGUCCGUAGAAGCAAGUGACAACCGAGAAGAAUACCAACAAUCGUCUCUGGACCAUCAGAACCGUGGAUUUACAGGUUUCAGUGAGGCUCUGAGCAACAUUGACGAAACCAACUGUCAUGCCAUGUUUGCGUUUGCCGUCAUCGCCAUGAUAUUCGCCAUUGCAUCUCCGCAAGACGUUGCCACAUCAAACAACAAAGACUUUGACCGUGUAAUUCUCCUUUGCGAUUUUAUGCAGGGAAUCGCCACUGUUGCUGUGGUGGGAUGGCAAUGGAUCAAGGAAGGCCCAUUCGCCAUGUUUCUUGACAUUGAUAACAGCAUCGCGCUCGAGGACGUCAACGCCGAGGACGAAGAGAUAAUCAAUCGCCUUCAUAAGUUCAACGACAAAUUCCUCGCCGUCGUCGAUCCAACUGCUCACAUGACUAUUGCCUCCGCGAUCACCGUGCUCGAGAAAUGUAUUCGCGGAGGGGACAUGAUGGCAUUAGCCUGGCUCGCUCUAUGCGGAAAGCAUUUCCUGGCCCUUCUCGGUCAACGUCAGCGUUUGGCUCAGCUAGUGUUUAUACACUGGACACUCCUCCUUAACCGCAUGAAUAGGGUAUGGUGGGUCAGAGAAACGACGAAGCUGUGGUUUAAUGAAACCUCGUCUCAGCUCGUAGGGCUGGGCCCAGAGUGGUUGGAAGCAGUGGAACGCAUUAAGUCAAAACUGUGUCUUCAUGUGGCGACUUGA